AUGGGGUGCACACCGUCACACAACGUCAUCGUCAACAGCGUCGCCAAGAGUGGCAUUCAGUUUUUUAAGAGGCCUAAAGCGAUUUUGCCAGGAUGUCAGUGGGGCAGCCAAAAAUGCCCCAUCCCUUUGCUGGUUCAAAGUUCCACCUUCUGUGACCCUGGUGGGGAGCUGCACCCGGGAUCGAGGCUGGCAGAGGAGACAGCAAGUUCCAGGAAGCUCCCGGACAUGGCUGAAGGUCUUUGUCAGCUCCCAGAAAGCCAAAUCUUCCAGAUGAACAAAUCACAAAGCGGCAUGGCUACGGACAUUUCGUUCAGGGCAGAAGGCUCCCACGGGAUACAAGAAGUAGACUUUUCUGGGAAAGAGGGUAAGGAAAACACUCCCCAGGAGACCUCAGAGCGGGGCAGAGAGCCAAAGUGCCAUCCAUCAGACAGCCAGGACCAUUGCUGCCAAACAGUUCCUGAGCCAAAAGGCAAAGUGGACUUCCCUGAGUCCCUGGUAAAGGCCCACCAGCAUGCUUACGCCUACCUGCACACCAGCCUUUCCAGAUAUGAAGCAAUUGUGCGCAUCGUCCAGCAAGCCAGCCAGACCUGGGAGCUCUUGCAGUCCAUGCUUAGCUUCCUGCUGCUGGGCUUCGAGGAGGCCAGCCAGCUUCUGGGAGAAAUCUCUAAAGAUGGAGAGGUGCUCCUCCGGGAAGUUAGAGGGGAUCUGGCAUGGCCGGUGAGGAAGGGUGAGCCCUGGGAACACCCAGACCUCCUCCAACAGCUGCUUCAGUACACAGUCAACAAGCUGCAGGUGGUGCACGGCACAGUGGCCGCCCUCACCGGGAGCUUCCUGGAAGGCUCCAGCAGCUACCUCAGAGCCACUGCCAGCCACCUCGAAGGUAAGCUGAGUACCAAGAGAGGUAUAGAUGAAUGUCUCCUGAGGGCCCUGGGACAGCUAGAGAGUCUGACCAGUGGCUACAGUGACCCGGGGCUGCUGGGUCCACCCUUAUGCUCUGAGGACAGUGGCAUCGGUGCUGACAAUGAGUCUGUGCACUCCGUGGAGAAGCUGGGCAAGCAAGCCAGCUGGGACUUUGCAGCAGAACUUGGAGAAUGGAAGCCAGCAGCCUGGCAGAAAGGUCCAUACUGGACAGGUCCAGACAGACCCCAGGACUGUCCACUGUCAGGCCCUAGGAUAGCAAAGGUUCAGCCUGCAGUACAGGAUGAAGCCAGGAGUUCGAACACUUCCAGCACUAGCCCAGAAGCAGUCACCUCCAGGCCUCCAGAGGCUGCCAAAAGCAUUCCGUGGGACUCUCUGGGAACCGAGAUCCCUGUGCAGACACAGCUUUCUCGACGAAGCUCAGGACUGACGGGUGCUCCGUACCCGAGUGAAGAUGAGGACAGCAGCCCAGAGGAGGAGGAUGAACUUGGCAGCACGGAUCUGCAUCCUGAGCCACAGAAAGCCCUUCCUUCAAGACCACGGUCCUCACCAGACUCCCGGGAGAGCCUGUUUCAGCCAUACUCCACGAAGCUCAGGAGCCCCCAGGCCCAGGAAAUGAUUCUGAAGAUGAAAGAGGCCAUCAGUGAAAGGAUCAAGUUUGUCCCCGUGCCUUCCAGACCCCAGGACUGGGCUGAGGAGGAGGAAGGGAGGUCAGUGGUCCCUCCAAGACCCAGAUCUGUCAGUGACUGCAGGAGGGCCCCUGAGAGACAAAGGAGGUCGCAAUCAGAGGGAUGCCUCAAGAGCCAUGUGGAAGACCCCACCCUCCAGGAGCUGAGGAGGGUCCAGACAGACCUCAGUAAGAGGCUGGAGGUAUUUUAUGCUCUGGGUGCCACACAGCAGGGGCAGAGCCGGGAGCAAUGUCUGCCACCCAGGACAUCACUGCUAUGGCCUCCUACCAACUGCAGGGUGAGUCCCAGUAGUGCCAUCAGCAAGUUCAAGGCCUCUCUCACCCAAAACUUCAGCAUUUUGCCCAACCAGGACAAGAGCAUCUUCCAAAGAGGUAGUCCCUGCUUUGACAGUGACCAGCCCUGCCAGGGGAAGGCUGAAAAGCUGCCAAGUGCCAUCUUUUGUGGCAAGAAGAACAGUAGGGCUCCCGGAGACAAUGAAAGGGACAUCAGGGCCUGUCCCACCAGAACAUCAGUCAAGAAGCUUAUUGAAACUUUCAGUCCUACUGAGAGUCCGAGGAUGCCAAGGGACUGCAGGAACUUGGGGGCAAGCCCCUGCCUCAGGAAGUGGGGGGUUCCUGCCAUGCCUCCCAGAUUUCCUAUAUACAGGGGGCUAGCCCCCCUGUAUCCUAAGCCCCAGAUUUCUCCAGCAGUAGGCAGAGACCCUCUCAAGCUGGGCAUGAGCUGGAGGCCUUCUGCACCCUUACCCUCCCUUCCUCCAGCGGAAGCAUCUGAGGGUGAAGACAUAGGCAGUGAAAUGGAGGAAGACCUGCAGAACCUCCCUCCACCACCUCUGGAAAUUCUGAUGGACAAAUCGUUCACUGCUCUGGAACAUCCAGAAUGCAGCCUGGAGGAGACGCUGUUACCAGAACUUCAAGAGGCCAGACGUCCAAAAAGAACAUGGGCUUCCCCCAAGCUGAGAGCCUCCAUGAGCCCCAUGGACUUGCUCCCCAGCAAGGGCAAUGGCAGCUCCCCGAGGCUACAGGGCACCAGGCCCGGGAGCACCAGGAAUGUGGGCAAUUCCAGAAAGUUGACCUUGGACCUUAACUCUGAGCAAACAGCUAACCCAAGCCCAGAGGCAGAGGGUGGGGCUCAGACUCAGGCACCCCCAGAGAAUACGGCAGGCCUCUCCAAGCAUCACCAAAAGGCAAUUCCCAGGCAUCACGCUAACCCUACAUCUGGGCAAAGCAGGACCUUGGAGCCCAGCCCAGCCAGAGUUUCAGGAGAUCCACACUCUCCAGAAGCGUCCAGGAAGGGUCCAGAGAGAAGCCCUCCAAGAGUCAGAAAGGCCUCUCCCCCAAGAGCUCAGUGGGCAUCCCAAGGAGACAGGAGGCUGCAGAGCCUGCCCUCCACUCAUGGACCGUCCCAGCCGGGCCUCCGUGCUGUCCUCAGCUCCCCCAGCCCACCCCUGAGCCCCAGGACACUGAGCCCACCCGCCACAAGGAAACCAACUUCCCCACCAUGCCAGUACCCGCAGUCCAACCCAGCCCCAGGGAGCCCUCCUGUCCAAAGGACAGAAACAAACACCCCCUCCUCUGCUUCCUCUUCAUCCCCCUCAGUGUCUCCGUCUCGAGGGUCCAAGGACUCAAGUCACUCUGAGGACAGCGAAGGUACCAGGGGCACGUGUUCCAUAUUCUUCCCAGCCACAACUUCUUUCUGUGAAGCUAAAUCGUCAUUCUCAACAUCCCAUCCACAGACGCUACCAGAACCUGGGGGCCUUCAGAGGACCCCAGCAGGAGGCUGGAGGGGCAGCUCAGGGCCACGACUGAGGGCAGAUUCACGGAAGAGAACAGUUCUGAACGCCCUGCCUUUUGUCAGAAGGACAGCUUCCGACCGCCAGCGCCAGCAGGGCGACCCACUUCAGCUGCCCAGCUCAGACUUGGAAUCCCAUCCCUGCCAAAACAGCAGCAGCAGCAGCAGCAGCGAGGAGAACACCAAGCAAGAACUCCCACCUUGGAACAACUCCCGUGUCCCAGAAUUGCAGGGUAGUAGCACCAAGUGGACCUCUCCUUUGGAGCUCUGUGUGCUGGGCCAUGGGUUGCAGCCAGAAGCCCGGCCGAGCCGUAGCCAGGACAGAUCCCAGCCAGAGUCACAUCUCCAGCACAAGGAAGUUUCGUGAUGGGUGGCCGGUGGGGUCACACACACUGAUGCCAGUCACCCUAGAACACGAAGAACUAGAGACAUGUUCACACUCUACCAUGGGUGGUAGGCAAACCAGUCCACACCGGGGAGUUGACUUGGAAAGACCUCGAAGAUGCCCCCGCCAAAGGGUCUCCAAAAUCUUAAGCAACAGUUGGAUUCACUUCCAGAGCCUGCUCUGCCUUGGUUUAAAUGUUAAGGAAAACUUUAGACCCUAGGAUGAUACUCUUUAUCUUUCUGAGUGCUGGCCUUAAUUAGAGGGAUAACGUAUUCAUGCUCAGAGGGCCAUGUGUCUUACAAGAUAACCGGUGGUAAUCAUUUAAACCACAACAGCGUGUGAAACCGUGUCCUCCAGUUUUACAGAGAGGAAAACCAAAUGUGUCGGGGGUGGGGGGAUCCCAAGGGUCAAGCUGGGGGUCAGACAGAUGUGAGGGUACAGACGUAGGUGGCCUUCUUUGUGUUCCAUUGCCUUUAAGUGUUCCACCCCUGUACCCACCUCGGCAUACGAAUAAAGAGAAGCCUUUUCGAUUUAAGGUUAAAUG